AUGAGUUCUAAGUUUUCAGUUAAGUGUAAUAAAGAUCAUAACAAAACAUUUGAUGAUCUUAUAAAACCAAUCCUAUUUGAAUAUCCAAUAAGAAGAAAAUCUUGUUAUUGUUAAUAAUGUGGAAAUCUAGGAUAAUUCCAAUAGCAAAAUUCAAAUUUACCAACAUCAAAAGAAAUAUAAUUUAGUAAAUAGAAGAGAAUCAAUCGAAAGUUAAGUUUUGGCGAUGAUAUUCAAACUGAUUUUCCUAGUGAAUUUAGUUAAAUAGAAAGCGAAAAUGGAAGACGAAUUAGGCAAAAUGAUAAGUCAUUUUCAAUUUCAAUUAAAUGCUUAGAAGGAUCCUUAAAAUUUGAUAGCAUUUAUAUAGAAAAUACUAAUAAAAUAAAGAGAAAAAGCUGUGAAUGUAGUGAAUGUGGAAAACUUAAUCCAUUUUAAAUAAAGAAUCAAGAAAUAUGGAUUCCUAAAAAAGAUAGAUAGAUCAAGUAGUUUUAAAUUAAAAGUUAACCGAAAUUCUUGUAAUAUGGAUCAACAGAGUUUUAGAUAUUAAACAAGAAAAUUGUAUAAAAGACAAUAAUGUAUUCACCUAGAAGUUAAAGAUCCAUUUAAUUGAAAUAAAUUAAUGAAAUGAGAAGAACUAAAGACGUUAAGACAUUAGUAAACAAUCGUAUAUCCACAAGAGAUUUAGAACUACAUCCUAAACAAAUUUAAAGCAAAUUUUCAAUAAUUAAUUCCUGUCGUUAAUUAGAUUCUCAGAACAUUCCACAAGGCAAAUCUCAAACAUAAAAUACUAAUAAGCCUAUUAUAUCUUUUUAUCAUAUAAAAUGA